AAACGGAAAGCUCAUACGUCAACAUGUUUCACCUCAUAAAUUUACUAUCAUUCGUCCAUAUAACCUCCGGCUUUCCGGUUAUCACGAUUUCCAACAAAUCACUGCUGGACUCUAUUAAAAUCACUUCUAGAAAAAUGUCAAAGCAAGUAAGGCUACAUUCGAGCAUCCAUCACCCUUUGUUGAGAGCCUGGACUACAGGCAACAUUGCAGUUUCAGCUGAAGAACUUAUGUUGCCUUUAUUUAUUGUGGAGGAUAACGAUGCAAAAGAAGAGAUUACUACAAUGCCUGGUGUCUAUCGUUAUGGGGUGAACACAGUUUUAAAAGAAUUAGAACCACUUGUUAAGUUGGGUCUAAAAUCGGUACUUCUUUUUGGGGUUAUUAGCAAACUCACAAAAGAUGAAUAUGGGACUCAUGCAGAUUCCCCUGAAAACCCUGUGAUACGAUUGGUGCCUAUGAUCUGUGAAAAAUUUCCAAAUUUGGUCAUUGCAUGUGAUGUAUGUCUGUGCCCAUACACAUCUCAUGGUCACUGUGGGAUACUGAAGGAAAAUGGAAAAAUCAAUAACGAUAAAAGUAUUAAGAGAAUAAGUGAAAUAGCUUUGGCGUAUGCUCAAGCAGGGUGUCAUAUCGUUGCACCUUCAGAUAUGAUGGAUGGAAGGAUUGGUGCUAUAAAACAAUCAUUAGAAGCAGCAUCACUUCAUGAUAAAACAAUUCUGUCAUACGCGGCCAAGUUCUCUUCCUCAUUUUAUGGCCCAUUCAGGGAGGCGGCGAAAUCUGCACCUUCUUUUGGGGACAGGAAAUGUUACCAACUCCCUCCAGGAAGUUCUGGCUUAGCACAUCGAGCUGUGUCAAGGGAUGUAAGCGAAGGCGCUGAUUUCCUGAUGGUCAAACCAGGCUUAGCAUACCUUGAUAUACUUUCACAGGUUAAAAAAGAAUUUCCCAAUUAUCCUUUAUUUGUUUACCAGGUAUCUGGUGAAUAUGCUAUGCUUUAUUUUGCUGCUAACAGUAAUGCGAUUAAUUUGAGAACUGCAGUCGAAGAAAGUCUUAUUAGUUUUAAACGAGCAGGGGCUGAUUGUGUAAUAACGUAUUUUACUCCACUACUUCUUCAAUGGAUGGCGGUUGAUCGUAAAAAUUGACUUUAAUGACCACCAGUAUGGGAGAGUAUUGUUUACAAAAUGAAUCUGUCUGAUCUGAUUUUUUUAUUUAUUUAAACAAUAUUUUAGCAGUGUUAUUUUGAAAGAAUCUUGAAUUAUUUUGUUAUUUUUAUCACUAAUUUAAUAAAAUGAAUGUUUUUGUACCAUGCAAUAUAAUUUUAUAAACAAUUUGGGUAAGGAAUUGUAUGCUUAUUUAUGUAUAAGCUCAAAUAGUUUAAAAAAGUAAACCAUAAUAAAUUAAGUACUUCGUGA